AUGACUGAUACAGGAGAAUCCAAUCUGUUGCGAAAUAGUGUGAAUAAUAGUAGUCAUAAUCAAAGUAAUCAUAAUACGAAAUCAAACCACAACCAUAAAGAACCUAAUUUCAUUGUCAAAUUUUUCAGAGAAGUAUUUGGAUAUAGGAAAACUUCAUUAUCAUUAUUUGUCAUUUUAACAGCAGUAAUUGCAAUAAGUUUAUCAUAUUAUGAAAAUUCAUUAGAUUAUAGUAUUAAUUUACCUGAUAAUAUAUUUGAAAAGGAUUUACUUGAUAAAUCUUGGUUAGAUUUGGAAAUUAUAUCGAAAAAUGAACAUCCAUAUGCAUCAAUUGCAAAUGAUGAAGUUCAUGAUUAUAUAAAGUCAGAAGUUCAAAGAGUUACCAAAGGAAUAAAUUACGUAACAAUUGAUGCAAAUACUACAAAAUUUUUGAAUCAUACGUAUUUUGAAUCCAAAGAGGUGUUUUAUUUUGAGAGUAACAAUAUAUUGGUGAAAGUCAAAGGUAAAAAUCCACUGCUUCCAGGAUAUCUUUUAAGUGCCCAUUAUGACUCUGUACCUACAAGCUUUGGUGUUACUGAUGAUGGAAUGGGUAUAGCAAGUUUAUUAGGAGUGUUGAGAUACAUUUCAAGUCAGAAACAACCAGAAAGAACUAUAGUAUUUAACUUUAAUAACGAUGAAGAAUUUGGUCUUUAUGGAGCAGCUGCAUUUGUAGAGCAUCCAUGGUUUAAUGAUGUAAAAUAUUUUUUGAACCUCGAAGGAACUGGAGCUGGUGGUAAAGCAAUUUUAUUUAGAGGUACAGAUUAUGGAAUUGUUAAAUAUUUUAAUCAAGUAAGAUAUCCAUAUGCAACUUCAAUUUUUCAACAAGGUUUUAAUAAUGGAUACAUUCAUAGUGAGACUGAUUAUAAAAUUUAUCAUGAAGCUGGUCUUAGAGGUUUAGAUUUAGCAUUUUUCAAACCAAGAGAUAUUUAUCAUACAAGUUUGGAUAAUAUUAAAAAUGUUCAAAUUAAAUCAUUAUGGCAUAUGCUUUCAAAUUCAAUUGAUUUUACGAAAUUUAUAUCAAAUGAAAAUAUUGAUGAUUCAGGAGAUUCAGAAUCUGCUAUAUAUUUUUCAUCUUUUAAUAGUUUUUUUUCAUUACCAAGUUCAAGAUUAUUCACAAUCAACAUAAUAUUAUUAUUAUUAUUUCCAAUAGUGAAUGGUAUUUUAAUUUUUACCGCUUUAAAGUACAGAAACUUAGAAUUAACUGCUGGAUCAUUUUUAUUUGUUCCUGUUUCAUUAUUUGUAACUGCAUUAAUUGUAUCAUUUAUUACAAAUCAGAUAUUCAAGUCAAUAAAUCCUUUACUACCAUCAUCAAGUCCAUACCUUUUAGUUCUGACUAUAUCGUCAUUCCUGAUUUUGAUUUUUUACUUUUUUUCAAAUUUAUCAAGUUACAAUACAUAUGGAAAUUAUAAUGACUUCAAAUUGAUUUGCAUAAUCGAAGUGUCAUUUAUUUAUUGGUUAUUGUUGGUGUUCAGUGUUGUGAAUGGGUUUGUUUCAGACAAAAGUAAAGAUCACACUGGUGAAAUAGGAUUAACAGUUUUAUUUUUCUUAGAGACUAUAACAUCUUUCUUGGGAUUGUUAGCAUGGGCUCUUUCCCUGAGGAAAAAAAUUGAACUGACUGAAGAAGGUGAAGAUGAACCGUUACUAAAUGGGAAUUUGGAAGAAAGAUAUUCUUCUGAUGAGAAUGAAGAUCUGGAUGAACAAGAUACCUCAUCUCAAAUUAAGCAAGUUUUUCAAAGCUAUAGUUAUGAUUGGUCCUUACAAUAUUUACUUACUGUUCCAUUAUCAUUUUUUAUUAUAUAUAAUUCUGGAUGGUUACUAAUUGAAGGAGUUAAUAAAACUAUUCAAGAAUCAUUAUCAGGAGAAGAAACAGUUUAUUUUAUUUUACAAGCUGUUGCUAUUGCGUUGAUAGUUCCAAUGAUUCCAUUUAUUCAAAAAUUUAACAGAAUUAUAAUAUUUUUAGUACUAAUUACCUCCCUAAUUGGAUCAUUCAUAAUUUCAAUCAAGGAACCAUUUAAUGAAGAAAACCCAAUGAAAUUAAGAUUUACUCAAGUAUUAGACAAAAAUCAAACUUAUGUUAAUGUUUACGGUAGACAAGGACAUGUUAAAGAAACAUUAAAAAGUUUACCAUCAGUACAACAAUCAAAUUUCAAGAUCAGCUGUUCUAAACUAGUUGAUGGGAAUGAAGUAUGUACAUAUGAAACCAAUUUGCAUCCAAAUAUCAAACCUACAAGAUCAUCACAAGAUUAUUUAGAUGUAAUUGUAAAAAACACAACUAAAUCAAAAGCAUUUGGAAUAAAUUUUGAUGAAAUCAAAAUAAUAGCACCUAAAAACAGACAGUGUAAUAUUGAAUUUUCAGGAACUGAAGUAAAAGCAAUAAUCUUAAAGAACAGUUCAAAAGAAAUCCCACCAUUCAAAAAAUUACCAGAUGGAUUUUCAGAAGACAAAAAUUACUAUUAUAAAGAUGUCCAUGGAAUCAAUAAAUUAUACCUCAACAAAUUAAAUUAUGAUUCAAAUUAUGAUUUGGGUUUAUAUUGGAUUCCAAGUAUUGAUGAUGAAACAAAUGUCUUGGAUAUUAAAGUCGAUUGUUUUUGGGCUGAUUUAUCACCAGUUUCUUAUGAAGGUGAAGUAAAAUCAGCUAUUCCAGCUUAUGACGAAUUACUUCAUUAUACUCCAAAUCAUAUUAGUAUAGCAAACAGAGAUAGAGGAUUAGUUUUAGUUUCUAAAAAAGUGAAAGUUAAAAGUAGUUAA